CACUCACAUGUUUGUCAAAUUAGCAAAAUGUCAUAUGUUUGGCCAUAGACUUCAAAUUUUGCCAUUGAACUUAAAUAAUUAAAUAAAUCUGGUCUAAAUUUUCAAUUGAAUAAUGUAAAGUUGCUAUACACUUCAAAUACAGAGAUUGUGCCUUUUUAAAAUUCGAUCAUGGAAUUACCAUUCGAAGUGUUAGUUUAUCUUUUCAAAUACCUACCAAAGUCGGACAGGAAAUCUGCAAGUGAGACAUGCCGCUCCUGGUAUUCAGCAGCUAAUGCUUAUUGCUUCUUAAAGAAUAAAGUAGUUGUUUUAUACAAAUCUAUAAACAGUGAUGAAGAAUCCUCUAAUCUAAGCAUCUUUGAGAAUUCAGCGACAGUUUACAGCAAUUACUUAUUCAAUGAGGUUGAAAUAUCAAAUAAAUUAAAUGGAUUCUGGGAAAGAACGGGAGAAAAUAUUAAAAGCUUGACUUUUAAAAAUUGUGAUAUGUGUGAGAAGGUGUUUGUGAAUAUUUUACAGAAAUGUCCAAAUUUAGAAUCAUUAAACAUAGAGAGUUGUAAAGAUCUUUUUAUGUCAGGUCGUUUAUUAGAGGGAAAAACUGAUGGCCUAUUGGUAAAUAAUCUAGAAAAUUUGAGAUCAUUGAGCCUGUCCGGCAACCAAUACCUAACAGAUGCAUUAUUUAGCCGUUUUGUAAAGGCUGCUCCAGCACUUGAACAUUUAAAUUUAUCAGGUUGCUCUCUUCAAUUCCAUUUGGGUUUAGUGAAGAAAUUUUAUCCCAGCGGAACUAAUAUAUUUGAGAAUCCAUCAGAGAGUGUUUUAACAUUUUAUUUUGUGUUACAAUUUAUACAUUCUCAUGCUCAGAGUGUAAAAACGCUGCAGUUCUCGAGUACUUUAAUAGAUGGUGCUGCUUUAAAAUCUUUAUCAGAAGUUGUUAACCUUGAAUUAAAUACAUUGGAAGUACAUUCUUGUGAUCAGCUCACUAAUACAGGUAUCCUGGCUCUUACUACACAUCAGAUUAUGUUAAAAGAACUAGACAUAGGGUUAUGCACCAGAGUAACAGAUCAAUCUCUAGUUCACAUAUGUAACAAUUUAAUUAAUCUAGAAUAUUUAAAUAUACAAAGAUGCAGAGCUGUUACUGACUUAGGUAUAUCAGAACUUCAUAAAUUAACAAAGUUAAGAGUAUUAAACACUUCGCAGUGUGAAUUGAUUACAAAAGAAGGACUAAAAAAUGGUAUAUGUGCUGAAGAGAACACAGUUUUAGAAGAUUUGGAUAUACAUUCGUUAAACUUAGACCAAACUGGCGUUAUAAUGUUAUCGGAGAAGUUGCCUAAUUUGCGUUCAUUAGACUUGAGUUAUUGUUUUAAUGCUGUGACAGAUACAUCUAUACAGGUUGUAUUUAAAAACCAAGGUUUCUUACACACUUUGAAAAUAAGUCAUUGUGAUAAAGUGUCAGAUGCAGGUUUGACUGGAAUGGGCAAGUUACAACAAGAUGGUGAUGAUGAUUCACUGAUAAGGUCCAAUUAUGAUGAAGCUCCCACGCAUCAGAAAAUACAUUUAGGCUCGAGAGCUGAAGAGGAAAUAGUACGAGAUGCGAAUAGAAAGAAGAAUGUAAUGAGAAUGUGUGAAAAUAUAACACAGGACUCAUUUACGGGAUACUCUUUGGCACGAUUGAAACAUUUAAAAGAACUGGAUAUGAGCGGUUGUAACAGAAUAACUGAUGUUAGCUUGACAUAUGCAUUUACCUUCAAAGAGUUAGCAAAUCUUAAUUUCAGUAGAUGUCAACAGAUAACUCACGAAGGCAUAGGACACUUAGUAAGAAACUGCCCGAGUAUUGAAUAUUUCAAUUUAACUGAUUGCUAUAAUUUAAAGGAUGAUGCAGUAACUGAAAUCGUAAAAGAAUUACGAAGAUUACAGACACUUGAAUUACGGGGUUGCAACCAACUCACUGACAGAUCAUUAGAGGCUAUCCGGACGCAUUGUGAGAAGCUCAAGUUCCUGGAUGUGCAAGGCUGCAGAUAUAUGUCUCCAGAGCUUGCCUGUGCCAUCGGAGCCCUGCCCACACUGCACACGGUGCUGAUGACGAAACCGGGGCCUUAUAUCACGGAAUCAGUCAAGAACAGAUCACCAGCACCGACAUUUCUGCCAUCGUUGAUGAGGAAAUUACGCUUACAUUAAGAUUUUUAAAUAAUGAUUAUCGAACAAAACAUAGUUUACUAUGAAGACUUUAGAUCCACGGCACAAACCCAACCUUUUAUUUGGCAUAUUGUCGACUGUAGGAAGUCCUUUAAAGAAAGUAUUUUCAUAUCUUGUACAGUACAUUAACAUAAGUUAGAGUUUAGAAAUCAUAUAAUGUUUUAAUAAAAAGCAAUAAUUAUGUGAUAACUCACUUUGUAAUUUUUAUUAGGGCAGAUAAUACAUUAUACAUAAAUUUAACAAUGCAAGAAAAAUUAGAUGCAGAUAUAAAUUUAGCAAGACUU